AUGGACGAAGCAGACGAAAGGAUUGAAUUUGAAAGUUCUGAAAGUGCAUCAACAUUUACGAAAGAGGAAGAUCAUAAAUUAGAGGAGAAAGAAUUCACUCAUGAGGGACUCCUUAAAAUAACAGAGAAACUCAUACAAGAAGUGCAGCAAGAAUUAUGUUUGAUUAAAUUAUGUUGGCCGGAAAUUGACCGAACAAAAGAUGUUUACCUAAAAACACUUCCGAGUAGUUAUUGUACCAUCAGUGAUAAAGAGAAGCUGCUCGCGUGGUAUGCUGAAAAUUUUCGACAACAAUUUCACGUGAAAUAUCCAAAUCGAAGACCGUUGUUGCUUGUGCGUGAAAAUGAAUGUGGCGUACAAAAAUUCGUGUCUACGACUAUCAGACGAAGUACGCUGCCAUAUCCGGAACUGUACACGUGGCAGGGGUGCAAAAAAUUUGUCAGCGACUAUAUCGAGUACGAGCCACUGAACAAAGCACUCAGUAUGGUAAGUAGUCAAACGUGUUGUCAUCAAACAUCUUACUUCGUAAAGCUAAGCGACGAAGGUCCUUAAAUAUAUAUAUUUUUAUAUAUAAUAUAUAAUUUCUCAUCGAUAUAACAAACAUCGUCUUGUCGGUUUUUCAUCUCGAUUUUUCUCAUUUGUUUUGUUUGGACCAUUUAGU